AUGAAGAAGGAAAAAAACCUUCUUUGCUGCCAGUCUGAUGAAAAAUCACGAAAAAUCCAUCAGCUGGAAGAAGCACUAAAAAUAGCCCAGCACCUUCUAAAGGAGACCCAGAAGAGCGCUGAAGAGAUGAAAAAUCAGAGUUUGUUUCAGAAAAGAGAAUUGGAAGCACAAGAAGCCGAGCUUCAGCAUCUAAAAAUCAACAAUAAAUUGCUCCAGGAUUCAAUCCAGGAGCUACAACGUGAAAAUGGAACCCUUAAGAAUAAGAACAAGGCUUUAGAAGAAGAAAAAUUGGACAAUCUGAAGUCAAGAAUUCAACUGAAGAAGCGAAAUGGAUAUGCUUGCAGUGAGACGAAGACGUGGAGGAAAUCCUGUAAGCAGCUAGAGAAGGAAAAAAAAAUGUUGCAGAAACAAAUUGCUGAACAUGGUGCUCCAUUAAAGGAGCAAAAGCCAAGUGCUGAUGAGGUUGCCAUCUCCCUACAUGAGAAUGAGCCAGAGUAUGAACUAGACGGACUCCCAGAGGUGGUGAAAAAAGGGUUUCCUGCUAUUCCUAUUGUGAAAACCGACCCUUACAUUUUGUGCAGAACAACUUUUAACCUAAGGACCAGUCCCCGUCUUGCUGCCCAAAGCCAAAAAUUGUCACCCUGUUCCCAACUUUUACGAAAAGGCAGGUCAGAUAAUCUUGGGGAGAUCUGUAAACCGACAGCUGGUGGCAGCAAAUCACAAAAGGUAGAUGAUACUCAACAGUGCCAAGCAGAAACAGCUAUUGAACCCAUGGAAUCUAGUUCAAGAUCUCUUUGCAUAAAUGAGCAACCCACAAAAACUGUUGUUCAGACCUCUAGGGAGAAUAUUAACACUCACAAAGGCAGAUGUUCCUUGAGCACACAAACAUCACCUGAGCAAAAUGAAGAAGGCCAAAACUGUAUAAUACUGUAAACCUGAGUAGUAUAAGG